GUCCGAACGGUAACAGACAGCGAUUAGCUAGUACUUAUUCUGAGCUUGCAGCAGCUUUGGAUCCGCUAUAGGUCUGGUGGAAACAGUCAUUAACUGAAAAAAGACAACAUCGCUCCGAAGUAAACUUCGUCUCUUGUGGUCCUGGAACGUCGACUGUGCAGUGGGCCACUUAAUUUUCAUUGUCUAUCUCUUUAUAUCAGCGACAAUUCAUUCACCAUCGCAUCCUUUUCAACUAACAUCGUGAUCCAACGUAUAAAACGUGUUUUUGACGGUCUCUUCUCUCACCACAUUUGUUUACACCAAACUAACACUCUGCAAUGGACUGGGACGUAGGGCCGUCCCCUUCUCAAUUCUCCUCUUCAUCCCAAUGGGCGCGCGCCAGUACUCGGCCUGCAUCCGCUGACAUGAGCAUCGACGAGGAUGUUGGUUACGUUACAUGGAAGCAAUCCCAACCCGACCCUGUCAUCCGGGAACUCAUGCAAAAUGCAGAGAGCAAAAAGGAGGGAAAGCGAGAACAAAAAUCCCGUUUGGAUGCGUCUGCGCACACGUCCACGUGGGCAUCAAGCACCAGUACGUCUGUCCCUCAACGCACGGCAUCCUUCCCCGGUUUUACCACUCCGUCCACAAGCAUACUCCCAUCUACAUUUGCAUCUAAUUCAUCAAGAAAAUUACAUCCAAUGAAACUCAUCUCAAAGAAAGUACCCCCGUCGCGUGCGUACUCAGCGACCCCGCCUGUGAAGGAUGACGUCCCUCCCAAUCCAGAGCUGGCCGCGGGGUACCUUCAUAUAAUACGUAAUGGCACUGCAGAGAUGGACGAGAAUUCCAGGCGAAAGCAGGCUGCGAGGGCGAAGGCAGAAAAGGAGACGGCGAGUAGGCACCCCGGGGGAUAUCGCGACCCGGAGGAAUACCCAUGCAUGCCUUUAAAGAAGACGGCUAGUGUUUCGUCUGCUUCUUCUGCACCUCCCCGAGGAAGUACAAUCAGUAGAUCAUUGAGCUCUGCAACCAUCAAGCCUACAGUUAAACUUUCCAGAAACAGUGGCACCUACGGGGACAUUCGAAUGACGUUGGACUCAGACCGAGAUACAGAUCACGAGGGAAGCACUUUCACCGAUUUCGCAGGUGACUUAGCUCCAAACGAGUCUUUUUCGAUGCAUGUGGAUGACGUCCUACUACCCCCCAAGCGUACGAUGGGGAGGGCCCCCUAG